UAUAAUGAGAGCCAUGACCAAAAUAUCUAGAGCACAGAAAAAUGGCAACAUCUUCACUCCUUUCACUAAAACCAACCUUAUGUCCUCCCCUCUUCACCUCUCUCUCUCCCCCCAUCUUCUCUCCCAAUCUCUCCCCAAUCUCUCCAUCUCUCCCAAGAAAAAACAUUCCCAAACUACCCUCUUACUCCUCAUACGAGAACUCAAACUACAACUCCCCGGAAACAGAGUGCCCUGUUCCGCUUGAUCAGCAGCCUGUGAAUGAGUACCAGUCUUUAUCUACUUCUCAGCCUUAUUCAUGGGCCUCUGGUGAUCUUGCUGAGUUCUCUUCCAGGGUGUUUGGGACUGGGCUUUCUUUUGCUCUUUUUGUUGGGCUGCCUGUUUCUUGGUAUGGGUCGGCUGGGAUUGGUUUGGACCCGGUGAAGAGAGUGGUGGGUGCUGUGGCUGCUGGGGUUUUUGUGGCUACUUUUGUUGUUGUGAGGAUGUAUUUGGGUUGGGCUUAUGUGGGUAAUCGCUUGCUCAGUGCCACUGUUGAAUAUGAGGAGACUGGGUGGUAUGAUGGUCAGAUAUGGGUGAAGACUCCUGAAGUUUUAGCACGUGAUCGACUUCUAGGUUCAUUUUCUGUGAAGCCAGUUCUCAGCAGAUUAAAGAACACUCUGGUGGGUCUUGGGUUGUCCUUGUUUAUGUGUAUCAUUCUCUUUGUCAACACUGAAGGCAGCCCAAAAGAGACCUAUGUAUCAUCCGACCAAGCAGGUGGUAGAGCUGUACGUGGAGUUUAUAGUGAAGAGUCAGCGAGAUCGUUUGAGCCAGAAGCUUUUUGUGGCGAAUCUGGCAUUUCACCCUCUCUGGCAAAGUAAACAACCUUAUACCCCUAUGUUAUAUGAAUUGGUUCACAUUGACAAGCUUAUACACCAAUGUAUAUAUAAAGCUGUUAACUACUUGGCGUUUCAUAUGAAAAUAAUCUGUAAAUAGUCGUCUUCUCAUUUCCGGUAUCCUGGUAAAAUUGUAGAACGUUGAGAAAUGGGAACAAUAUUAGUGGAUUAAUUUUAAGGCUUCA